GAUCGUGUUUGGAGACCCACCUCGCAUUUCAUCACUCGCUGUUGUUUCAUGAUCUGCAGCAGCGAUACGUUGCUGUUUUCUUGAGUGGGUUCAUUGACUCGGCACGGUUUCGCACAAUUUGUCUUGGGGAAUAGCAAUUCGCGUUGCUUUCACUGUUGUUCUAUCGAAAGAGCUUCGGCACUUCGUAUUUUGCGCGCUGAUUGUUUACGCUCCUCAUCUCUGAAGCCUUUUCUGGGUGCGAAAAGUCCUGUUUGAUUGUUUCUAUGCGUGCUGAGAACGGCCCGUCUUAGCCGCAGCUGUUGAAACUUGAGUUGAUUCUACUCGCGAGUGUCGUACGAAAGGAAACAAUCUAAAACACGACCGAAGAGGGAUUGCACAGACUGAGAUGGUGACUGGGUCGGCCUCGCCCUCUUGGAAGGAAAAACCCUGCCUCUUGGGUAUCGAUGAAGCUGGACGCGGUCCCGUUUUAGGACCCAUGGUUUAUGGUUGCGCUUACUGCCCGAUUGACCAGAAAGAGAGGAUCUCCACUCUGAAGUUUGCAGAUUCCAAGGCUUUGACAGAAUCGAAACGUGAGGAGCUGUAUGAAAACCUUAAGGCUGAUGACUUAAUGGGGUGGGCUGUGGAUGUGAUUGAUCCCAAGGAUCUCUCUGCGAAAAUGUUGCGUAGAGCGAAAGUAAAUCUCAACACCAUCUCCUUCGAGUCAGCUAUGGGCUUGAUAAGGAACACACUAGAUCUGGGAGUUUUUUUAACAGAGGUAUUUGUCGACACUGUUGGUGAUCCUGGAAAAUACCAGGACAUGCUAACAACGAAAUUCCCUGGCAUCAGAUUUACUGUGUCAAAGAAAGCCGAUAGUCUCUUCCCCAUCGUUAGCGCUGCUAGCAUUGUCGCCAAGGUAACAAGAGAUAGAGCACUGCGAGACUGGGUUGUUGAUGAGACUGGGAGAGAGGUUACCAGAGGCUUUGGGUCAGGCUAUCCUGGAGAUCCAGAGACCAAGACUUGGCUUGAAGACCAUGUCGAUCCAGUCUUUGGAUUCCCAUCUCUCGUACGUUUCAGCUGGGCAACGUGCAAACCAUAUUUAACAAAAGGCGGUGUUUUUGUUUACUGGGAAAGCGCUGAUGAUGAUGAAGAUGAAGUGGAAAAAAAGCAUAAGCCUAAACACGUUGGAGAACAAUCUUGUGCUCGUAUGAGGCAUUCAUACUUUGAAAGGCGUCAGUUACAGCAGGUGAUUACUCGCCUCUAGCAGGCUUAUUCUUUAACAAUGACGAAAUGUUCUUUGUAGCUUUAGAGGACUUUCUUAGAUGGUGUGGAGGCAAGUGCCAGGAUCAGCAAUGCUGAUCUUGGUGGCAAACAUUUCAAAGAACUAGGAUCUUAGCGUGACUUGAUCAUACUUGUAGGGGCACCUGGAUUAGUUUCUUUUGGUAAUUCAAGUGGAUGGAAGAACUUUCGUUAAUCGUGAUUGCUAGUUAGCAGGAAUGGUUAAGUCUUAUAUUGCGACGCAGUCGCUGUUGUGGGUUUUGCCUGUGUUUCAAAAUUACAUAUGCAAUCGCCAUUCUGGCUGAACAAUAUUCCUGUUUCUGCA